AUGACUAAGGCAUCACCUAACAAGGGGUAUAAACAGGCUGCUGAAAUAUUUGCAGAACCAAACCUCAAAACGCCACACAACCCGACCGCGGGGGAACCUCGGGCCCAGCCGCUGCUGGGGGCAUCUCCGCCUGGGCACCUCCAGCCCCUCCGCCGGGCCGGACCGGGAGCAGGACGAGCCCCCGCCGGUCUGUCACCAUCCCUGGGCCUGGACCGGGCCGGGGGCAGCGGCGGCCGCCACGGCCAGGCCGAGGGCCCGGAUCCGGGAGUCGCGGGAGGAGCCCGGCGCUCGCUCCGCGCUGCGGCUCCCACCGGCCCCGCCGGCAGCGGCCCAGCCCGGGGCUCACCGUGCGCCCGCCAGGCCCCGGCUCGGCCCUUCCCUUCCCUUCGCGUCGCUGGCACGGGGAGCGAAAGCGAAAGCAGAGCCCCCCCGGCCCCGCUGCCCGCUGGUCCCGCUCCCUCCGCCCCCGCCCGCCCCCGCCCCUUCACCCCCUCACGAUGGGGCGGCCGUGUGGCGGGCGCUGACCGCGGCCGGCGGCGGCCCCGGGACGCUGGGCGGGAGCCGGCGCUGGGCUCCCCCUCCGCCGCGGGGCGCGGCCCAGCCCCCGCCGCCACACGCACACCCACUCCGCCGCCCCCGGGCCAUCCUCCACGGAGUUGUUUCCCUUCGGGAACCACCGGUCGGGGGCGGGAAGGGGACGGAGAGGAGGAGGAAGAGAAGGAGGCGGAGAAGCUGUCCUGGCCACGGAGGGGGUACCGGGAGUCUGGGGUCAGGGUUUGUCGGGAGGGAAAAGUUAAAUUUAUUCUUCUAAAAGAGACACAAAGAUUCCCGACAAAAUUUUAA